ACGCGAUUUAUUCAUAAUAAGAAUCGGAUAUGUGUCGACACCUACAAGUAAUAAAAAUGUAUAGUAAAACUGAGAUGAUUGAGUUAUGAUUGUAAACACUCAUUUUUCUAUCAAAACAUCUCUAUUUAAAAAUCCUUUAUUAUUUUAAGUUUACAAAUAAAAUCUGAAUAUCCGGGUAAUUGAUGUUAAUUUGAACACGGUAUUCGUGACAAGUUCAUUUUUGAUACCUAUGAGUGAACAAAAUCUAAAUGGCAGCCCAUCGGAAAACUGCCGAUUGUCGCCUAGAACUGUACGUGCUUGGAGAGAUUUGCCUGAACAAAUUAAAAACGAUUCCACUUUUCGCGUUUUAAAACUACGCAUUGAAAAUAAUCCUGAUUUAAGGUACAAGUACUGUAAUUAUAACUUAAUUUUUUUCAAUCACUUUAACAAUUUUAAUUCAAGAUUUGACGAUUCGACGGCUGGCCCAUCAUAUCAGAUCAUGACUCCUGACGAAUUUGAACCAUCCACUAUGGUGGUACAUAAGUCAUCAGAAAAGGGAAAAAUAGAUACUGUAUUAAAAUCAAAAAAAAAAUCUGGCAGAGAACAUUUUAUUACAGUUGUUCUUAUAUGUUUUUGGCUCUUUUGUACAUUAAUUUUAAUGGCAAAACAAGAGAGAAAAGCUGACGAUGUGCAUCAAGUAACAUUGACUCCAAAUCAAACUAAAACUCAAGUUAUAUUCAAAAAUCAUAUGCCUGAUACCAAUAAAAUUCAGAUUGUAUUGGCUGGAGCAUUUGUACCCCAAUACUAUAGAUAUCUAGCUACACAUUUUCUAAACAUAUGGGUUGAAUUUGAAACAGAUGAAGAAUAUUUAGAAGCUAAAAAAUUAGGGUUAAAAGAUGAUGAAAUUAGAGGUAGGAAUAUAACAGAACUAUGGUCAGAGCCUAUUGUUUGUGAGUCACUGGUUGAGAUUGUUCCUGAAAUGCAUCAUAACAAAAUUUUUAAACUAAAUCAUUUGUCAUCCAAUUAUACCCUUAAAGGGACUACUAGACUGUGUAUGAAUACUACAUUAAAUACUAAUUUCCCUGUUGCAUUGGCCUAUGAUUUAUUCCCAAUCAAAACUGAAUAUGGAAUUAUAUAUGCUGCCCUUGUGUUAAUUGGUCUCUAUGUAUUGAUUAUAUCUGAAGUAGUACAUAAAACUAUUGCUGCAAUUCUUGCUGCUACAAUGUCAAUUUCCAUUCUCGCAGUUAUGAACGAAAGACCAUCAAAAGAUGAAUUAUCAUCAUGGGUAGACAUUGAAACAUUGCUUCUAUUAUUUUGUAUGAUGGUUAUUGUUGGAAUAUUGUCAGAAACUGGAAUUUUUGAUUACUUAGCUAUUACUGCUUACAAGAUGACUAAUGGUAAAGUUUGGCCACUGAUUAAUACAUUAUGUUUCUUUACUGCUAUAGUUUCAUCAAUUUUAGACAAUGUCACUACUGUUUUAUUAAUGACUCCUAUAACAAUUCGUUUAUGUGAAGUAAUGCAUAUGAACCCAGUUCCCACAUUGAUGUGUAUAAUUUUUUAUGCUAAUAUGGGAGGAGCUUUAACGCUAAUUGGUGAUCCACCAAAUGUAAUAAUUGGAACUAAUAGAGAUGUUAUCGCGAGUGGAAUUACCUUUACAACAUUUUCUAUUCAUAUGGGAAUUGGUAUGGCAAUAAUAUUUUUGACUGUAAAUAUUCAUUUACGAUAUAUAUUUCGUAAUAUGAAAGACCUAAAAUUUACUGAGCCAUCAAAUGUAACAGAAUUAAGACAAGAGUUGGCAAUUUGGCAAAAAGCAGCAUCUUCAUUAUCUUCAUAUUCAAAAGAAGAAGGUGUUGUCAGAGAUAAAUUAUUAAGAAAGUGUAAAAUAAUAUUUGCUAAACUAAAAGAUACUUUGAAAGGUUUUACCGUUGAUGUAGUCCCUAUUAUUGAAAGACAACAAACACAAGAAGAUUCAGUUAAUGAUUUUUUGCAUAAAGGCAAAACUUUAGAUAAAUGUCUUUUGUAUAAAUGUGCUGCCACUCUAGCAUUUGUUAUCACUUUGUUUUGUCUUCAUUCUAUUCCUCAGCUUAACCUUAGUUUAGGAUGGAUAGCUUUACUUGGAACAUUAUUUUUACUUAUUCUUGCAGAUCAUGUAGAUAUUGAAUGUGUCUUAGGUCGAAUUGAAUGGGCAACAUUAUGUUUUUUUGCUGCAUUGUUCAUUUUGAUAGGAGCAUUAUCUGAAUUAGGGUUAAUUGAAUGGGUUGGCCGACAAACCGAAAUGGUAAUUAUGUCUGUUGCUAAAGAAUAUAGACUAUCAAUGGCUAUUAUUUUGGUACUUUGGGUUUCGGCAAUUGUUUCAUCAUUUGUUGAUAAUAUUCCAUUAACCACAAUGAUGAUUAAAGUCAUUACUUCAUUAUCACACAAUCAUGAACUUGAAUUACCUUUACCACCUUUAGUGUUUGCUUUGGCGUUUGGAGGUUGUCUUGGAGGUAAUGGCACACUCAUUGCUGCUUCUUGUAAUAUGGUAUGUGCUGGAGUAGCUGAACAACAUGGUUACCGAAUGUCAUUUAUGCAGUUUUUUAAAGUUGGAUAUCCUGUUAUGUUAGGUAGUAUCAUAGUUGCCACCAUUUAUUUACUCUUGGCUCAUGUUACUCUUGGAUGGAAUGUGUGAUUUAAUUUGUUUUUUUUAGACUGUCCUUUUAUUAAAAAUAAGUUCCUGUACCAAUAUUAAAAAAAAAAAUGUUAUUGUCAAUAUCUGUGUUUUAAUAUUAUAUUGUUUUAUUAUUUUCUAUUACUGAAAAUUUAAAUUUUGUAUGUAUUUACAUCAAGUAUUUUUUCUGUGUUAAUUUAAGUUAAGGUUUCUUUAAAUACACAAUAUUGUCUAUAACACCAGAAUGAUACCCAAUAAACUUGAUUCUAUUUAAUUAUUAAUAAA